GAUGCAGGCCAAUAAUAUGACUUUUUAUGAUGUCAGUGAGAAUGUUCGUAGACGUAGGGCCACUGUGAACUUGUCACGUUUCCUCGGUUGUCACAGAACCACUUAUAAUCGGAGGUGGAAUAAAAUGAGAGCUGCUUUAAUGAAAAAAUAUGACUUCCUUUCGUUCAGUGAGUUUGCUAAUGAAAGCACUCUAAAAGAAGUAAAGACGGAAAUCACUUGUAAUGACAGUACUUCAACUGUAACACCAUGCACUAGCAACAUUAACCAAAGGCUUCCAGACAAUAGUGGAUCUCCUGAAGUGGAAUUGUGCUCUCAUAAGUUCGUAAAUCGCAAAGAACUGAUGAACGACUUUAUGAUGUAUCUAGUGUCAAAUACAUCUCUCAGCAUAAGAGCUGCUGAUCGGGUUUUGUAUAGUUUACGAUUUCUUAUCCCGGACAUACUGAAAAGCAUAAGAGGUGUCCUGAAGACGUGUCCAAGUGUUCAACCAAAGUUUAUCGGCAGUGGGGUUUACUACCAUCUAGAAUUGAAAACCAAUCUGCUAAGAUACGUUGAGCUUUGGUUGCGUACUAUUGAUUUUGACUCUUUACAUUUAUAUCUCAAUGUAGAUGGACUUUCUAUGUCUAGAAGCUCCAAUCAACAGUUAUGCCCUAUACUAGGACGGAUCAUUGCCCCUAGGUUUAGUGACGUGUUCCUGAUAGGGAUCUACGGAGGGAAUAGUUAGCCGGC